AUGGCAACCACUGAAACAACCACCAUUGUAGUGUCUGACCUCUUUGAUGUUAGACAGACCCAGUGGGGAGGUAGAGCGUGUUUUGCAUCUAAGGACAUCCCAGAGAACACUACAGUUCUUCAGACAGAGAGCGCAUUUGGGGCUACAGUACUGUAUGAGUUUAGAAAAGAAGUCUGUGCCUAUUGCUUCCACUAUGAGUAUGGUAAAUAUUGCAAAUUUAAGGUACCCACACCGGAGAAUGGUGUCAAAUUGACGAGGAAAUUCCAGGGUGCUGGGUUAUGGUUCUGUUCUCAAGGAUGCCUCGACCGUUGGACACAAUUCGAUCCAAAUAACGAGCUAACGCUGACAUAUGAGUCGAUGCUGCAGAACUUCCAGAUGAAGCUGAAGGAGUCCCAUGAGAAAGAGGACAACAACGUCGAGAUCAGCAAAGAGAUCAUUGGAAAAGAAUGGGUCUCAAUAUCAGAGUGGGAUGACAAGAUAUCAAAGAUGAAGAAGACCAAGAGACUGAAUCAAUUACCAGUGCUUAAUGAAGAAGAAUAUGCUAGUGCAAGAUUCGUUGCUCUUGUGCUUUAUAAUCUUCAUACACACCAUAAGUCCUCCGAAUUGUUUGAACAUUUACAAUCAAACGAAUUGGAAAAGAUCACCAGGUUCCCUGUACUGCUCAAAUCACAAACCUUAGUGUACAAAUUCUUGAGAUUAUCCUUACCAGAGUAUUUACAACCUUUACUCACUAUUGGAUCUCUGAGACUGAUUUUCGGACGUGAAUAUGGAAAUGCCUUUGGAAUACGUCAAAUAACUGAUGAAUCUUCGUCAGAGGAGAAAGAGUUCUUGGGUUAUAUGCUUUCACCUGAGGCAUCUUACUUCAACCAUUCCUGUAGACCAAACCUGAAAAAGACAAGAGAUGGAAAUAUGAUGACUUUUACAACGAUAAAGGACGUUGAGAAAGGUGAACAGUUAUGCAUAGACUAUUUCCAGAUAUCGGAAGAGCCAUUUGAGUAUCGCCAAAAGACAUUGAACGAGAAUUGGUUCUUCCAAUGUGCAUGUGAUAGGUGUUGUGAAGAAAGAGCUAUGGACUCUGCUUAG